AGCCGAUUCUGGAAGCCAUUACGUUGCGCACAUCAAUUGAGUAAAUCCUACUAUUUUUGCGUACUAUACGCACAAUUACCUCACCAAAAGAGCAACUUAUUCAAUCAUGGCAUCGGUCGCGAAAAAGAGAAAAAUGAAUUUCUCGGAGAGGGAGGUGGAAAUUAUAGUGGAAGAAAUAGAGAAACAAAAGCACACACUGGUUAACCACUUCAAUGCUGGAGUCACCCACAUGGCAAAGAAUAACGCGUGGGCGGAUAUCCUGAAAAAGGUGAACGCUGUCACCACCUGUCCCAGAGAGUUGCCCGAGGUGAAGAAGAAGUGGUCGGACAUGAAGACGGAGGUCCGGCGGAAAGUCGCCCAGGCGCGGGCUGCCAUCGAGGCGACCUCCGCGGACUGCACUCCAGUUCCCGUCAUCCUCACCGCGAUGCAGCAGCGGAUCUGUAACUUGCUGGGGGAGGCCACCAUCAUCAGCUUACCUUCAGGAGACUCGGAUGCUGAGAUCACUUUGCCCGUUACCGUCAACACCGCCGCCACGGUCACACUGGCUGAGACUCUUCCAGCUGGCUCCGGUACAAUCUGUGACGAAGCAAAGCCCCUGAAUGCUGAAACAACGUACCACACCCUGGAGGAUGGAGGCGUGGUGGAGUACUGCACCACCACAGUCAGCGACUCCACUCCCACUGUGGUGGCGGCCGUCGAGACUCCGGUGGAGAUGCUCGCCUCAUCUUCAGCUUCCCCACCUCCGCCUCAGGCUCAGGCCAAACCUCAGGAGCUGAAGAGCCGCAUCGCCCUCAACUCAGCCCGCCUGCUGCAGGAGCAGAGAGUCACCAACGUCCACAUCCGACAGAUCGCCCAGCACCUGGAGGGCCAGAACGAGCUGCUGCAGAUGAUGCGGCGCUCCCAGGAGGCGCAGGCGUUCGCCCAGGAGAGACAGGCCCAGGCGCUGGAGGGGACCCAGGCUGCCCUGCUGGCGUUAGUGCAGAUGCUCAGGCCCGCUCUGAAAGACCUGCGUAAAUUCUUGCAGAGUGGGAUUGAGGUUGCAAAUUCCAGCAGCUCAGCAGCAGGAGCGACAGCUGACGGGGCAGGAGCAGAGGAGCAGAGCAGGCCCAAAACACCUCCACCUCCUCCACAGCAGCCCGAGGAGACACAAUAG